AUGGGGCAUGUGCUGGCUUUGGUCUUGCUUUGCCGCACGGAGGGGCCUAAAGAUAAGCGUGAUGUGGUAGGACUUGUGGCCUGGAACCAUGACCGCCAGGAGACUGCCGUCCCUGGGACCCACCUCAAGAUGUCCUGGCAACUCAAGUUCAAUUUGGUUGACUUUCAGCUCCAACCACCUGUAUCCUUCUUCUUGAAGUCCAAUUCCGGUCCUGUACAGAUCACCCAUCAGCACCAAAUUAUUGCUAUAAGCAAUGAUGUUUCUGAGAAGAGAGCAAAAGAAGAGGGAAGUGAGGAGAUGGAAGCUGACUUGUGCCCCAUUUUGCCUGCUAAGAAACAGAAGGACAGGCCCUAA